AUGGUACCUGGGGCACCUGCAGCCAUGCUCCCAGCCUCAGAAGCUGCGAAAAUUUAUCAAACAAACUACAUUAGAAACUCGCGUGCCAUUGGAGUCCUCUGGGCAAUAUUCACUGUCUUGUUUGCUAUCGUUAGCGUAGUAUGUUUUAUUCAGCCUUACUGGAUUGGAGACGGCGUUGAUACGCCGCAGGCCGGUUACUUUGGCCUUUUUCACUACUGCAUUGGAAACGGACUCUCCCGGGAACUCACUUGUCAAGGCAGCUUCACCGAGUUCGGCUCCAUACCCUCGAGUGCCUUCAAAGCUGCGUCUUUCUUCGUCGGGACUGCCAUGGUCCUCGUGCUGUCCUGUAUCGGCUGUUUCGCGCUCUUCUUCUUCUGUAGCACCCUGACCGUCUAUAAAAUUUGCGGGUGGAUGCAACUAGCCUCCGGUGUGUGUCUGGUGCUGGGCUGUAUGAUUUACCCUGACGGCUGGGAUGCAGACGAGGUGAGACGACUGUGUGGAGAACAGACAGAUAAAUACACCAUAGGGGCAUGCUCAGUGCGCUGGGCUUACAUCCUGGCCAUCAUGGGGAUCCUGGAUGCCUUCAUCCUCUCCUUCCUGGCCUUCGUGCUGGGGAACCGGCAGGACAGUCUGAUGGCCGAGGAGCUCCUGGCAGAGAGCAAGGCAGAGGGUGGAAAUGCUUAGCAAAUUUUGAGGCUACAGGCUGCUAGCAAUGAAGCCAAGAUCUCCCAUUCAACAAGACCCCUCCAGACUCCAUCCACAGCGUCCUGUCAACAAGCUAACGAUGAACCAACACAUGCAAACUCAGUUGUAUCUAUGUUAUAGUUUUGUGCGCGCGCACACGCACACACACACACACACACACACAAACAGAAGCUCUCCUCUUUGGUAUGUACACUCUCAAAUUGCACUUGUAUAUGAAAUUUAGACCUAAAGUGGCACAUUGCACCAAGAACAAGAUUCAUAUCAUUAAAACACUUAAAAGAAUAAUGAUCGAAUUCAUUUUAGUGCUGCUUUACCUAUAGGACUUUCAUGAUUUGUUUAGUGUGUCUGUGUUUUGUAUUUAGAACUUAAAGAAAAUUAGUAGAAAAACCCUGAGUCAAAUCUUUUCUAGAACAUUCUAGAGGCAUUUCUCCAUUGAUCCACAAUGUAAGCAAGUACCUACCAGUGUUUUUAAUAUGU